AUGCGCAACCUCACAGCAACAGCCCUCCUCUCCUUCUUCGCCACCCCGGCGUCCAGCAACAGCAGCGCUGGCGUUGCCGUCGGCCGGCCAACAGUCCAACUGGGCGGGGGCACCACCAUAACCGGCACAAUCGACCCCUCGACGCCCUCGGUGCGCCAAUUCCUCGGCAUCCCGUACGCGCAGCCCCCUCUUGGCUCGCUGCGCUUCUCCGCUCCCCGGGCGCUGACGUCACCGCAAGGCGACGUGGACGCCACCUCCGUGCCGCCCAGCUGCAUGCAGUACCUGUCGUCCAACGCCGGGUUCUACACGCGCGAGGUGCUGCAGUUCAACCUGGGCGGGCUCAACGUCACGGGCCCCGUGUCGGAGGACUGCCUGACCCUGAGCGUGUGGACGCCCGAGUCCGCGAAGGCCGGCGCGGACCUCCCCGUCAUGAUCUACGUGUACGGCGGCGGGUUCCAGACGGGCGGCGUCGACGUGCCGUACCAGCUGCCGCCAAAAUGGGUGGAGCGGACGGGGUCGCACGUCGUGGUGGUCAUGAACUACCGCCUCAACGUCUUUGGAUUCCCAUCCGCGGCGGGCCUGAACGCUACCGAGCAGAACCUGGGGCUUUUGGAUCAGCGGCUGGCGGUCGAGUGGGCCAGGGACAACAUUGCGGCUUUUGGUGGUGAUCCGAAGCGCAUGGGGCUGUGGGGGCAGAGCGCGGGGUCCAUAUCGGUCGGGGUGUAUGCUUUUGCGUAUGCCGAGGAUCCGGUUGUGAAUUCGUUCAUGAUGGACUCGGGGACGGAGCUGACUGACUUGUUUGCGGAGCCGCUGCCCUCGAAUUUCACCUUUGUGGCCGGCAAGGUCGGCUGUGGUGGACUGCAGGCUGGCGAGGAGGUGGAGUGCAUGAGGAAAGUGCCGGCUGAGGAUAUUGCGACCUUCUUGCAGGACUAUGACGACUCUGGAUCGCAGCCUGGAACUCGAUUCUGGCCUGUCAAGGAUGGCAAGUCUGUGUUUGGGGAUUACGGCAAGCUGUACCAGGAGGGGAAGAUUGCAAAGAUUCCAGCCAUCAUUGGCAGCAAUGCCCAAGACGGUAACCCCUUUGCCCCAUACGAUCCCAACGGCGUCGAUCAAGAAGCCGCCGACGCCACCAAGCUCUCCCUGUUCUUUUGUCCUGCAUUCAAGUCAAGCGUCAACCGCGUUCAAGCAAAGAUCCCAGUCUUUCGCUACGAGUACUUUGGAAACUUCACCAACGUCUCUCCCAAAUCCUGGAUGGGCGCGUACCACUCCGCCGAGCUGCCCAUGCUCUUUGGCACGCACGGCGACUUCCGCGGCGAGUCGACGCAGCUGGAGCGCGACACAAGCGCCGCCAUGCAGGACGCGUGGCUGGCGCUGGUCAGGGACGGAGUCGCGGGAGUUGAGGCGCUCGGUUGGCCCGCCUUUGGCGGCGUGGACGGCGGCGAUUUCGUGCAGCAGUUUGGGAAUGGGGUUGCGAGCAAGACUGGGGAUACAAAGGAUUGGGAGGCGAGAUGUUGA